CCCUCCGCUCUCCCGGUUCCAAGAGGCAAAUAGCCGUGAAGGAGCGCCGUUUUCCUCAGAUUUUCCUGCUUUUUGGCAGCUCCAUCCGCAGCUUUACCAUCUGUACACUAGUUGCCCCUUCCGUUUGCCUCAAUAUGGACGUGUGUGUCCUUAUCUGUGCUGCAUCAGGAGCCUCCACAGCCAUUCCACUUACUGACCUCCCCUCACCUCGCCUAUCUGUCUGUCAUAUCAGCGGCCCUCCUGGCUCUCUCUUUCCCUGCCGUUCUCUACAUGAAUUGAUGGAUGGAUGUUCGUGUUUGUGGGGGCUUGGUGGACUUUCACUCUGCCUACGAUGCAGGGAAGUUGACCGAGGUCAGCCUGGCGGCUGUGCGCCACUUGCGCAAGAGAACCCCAACUAUUGAGAAACACCGUUGUGCCCACACGUUACCGACAGCAGAUAGCCCGUCACCCUGACACACACACAGGCACACACACACACACACAGAGGCACAUGCAUUAUCUCUGCUCGGUCAUGUGUCGUGUCUUGCCAGCCGCACCCACCUAGGGUCGAUCUGCGGCGGCAUUUCCGAGCCCGUCAGUUCACCGGCCGGCCACCCCACGUGUGCCCCCGCCUCUGCUGCUGCUGCUGCUGCUGGUGGUGGUUGUCCUGCUGAUGUCCUGGUCGAUGCCCACCCCUGGGACGGCCUGGCGGCUUUUGUGGGUGUGGUGGUGGUGGUUUGUGGGGGCGAGUAGCAGGGCGAGGGCGUGUCGACAGAUGCGACUGGUGUGGGGUGCUGGGUGGCCAGCUUGAAGAAGCGGAAAAGGGUGGAGAUGAGGUCGUCCAAUGCGGUCAAGUCGGACAAGACCUGAGAAAGGCAGCGAGAAUGAUGUCGUUGGUCCCUGCCAUCCGUGUGUGCGGCGUGCGCACCUCCUGCAGAAGUGGGUGUAUGGUGCUGCCUCCGCCCGAUGGUGACAUCAUCUGCUCCCUCAGCCUUUUGGACCGCUGCUUGAACUCACGACGCACCAAAUACGUCAAACACCGCGACCGACGGCUCCAAACACACAAGACACCAUACACCCCAACCACACAUAUAUGGACGAGUUCUCCCUCCCUCUCUGCCUGCCUCGACCCUAAUCUCUCGCCCUCAUUUCUGACAGCAUGAGCUGAGCCACCCGAUGUGCCCUGUUGCUAGUGACGCCAUCGACAACCUCGCUGUCGAUGAGAGAAUGGUGGCGCAGCCCAUCGACGGAGGAAGAAGAGGGGUUGCUGGGGGGGCGGGCUC